AUGCCUAAGUUUUCUAAAUUUAAGAAUGAAUUACUAAAGGGGACAAAAGAGAAAGUGGUCAAGGAACAUGUAAACAUAACCGAAAAGGAUGAUGUGGUAAUACAUCAAUCUUUGCCACCAAAAUUAAAAGACCCAGGUAAGUUUACUAUUUCUUGUAAUAUCAGUAUAGUGAAUAUUUCGUAUGCUCUAUGUGAUCUUGGAUCUAACAUAAAUGUUAUGCCACUAAAAACGGUUAAAGAAUUGAAAUUGGGUGAGAUCACACUGAGUAACAUGACUCUCACUCUAGCUAACUCAUUUGUUACUCAAUCAAUUGUUAUUUUACGUGACGUGUUAGUACAUGUUGAUGGAUUAGUGUUUCCUGCAAAUUUUGUAGUGCUUGGUACAAAAGGAGAUUCAAGAGGAUCUGUUAUUCUCGUACGACCAUUCUUGGCAAUCGAGAAAGUAAAGAUUGAUGUAUAA